UUCUGUUCAUCACCUAACCACCCUCUUGAACUAAAUUUGAAGCUUUGCUUAGUGUCUUCUUCGGGCGAAGAAGACUAAGUGCACAUUACAGAAUCCUCCUAAACAACAGUUGAUAAAUCAACGCCAAAGAGAAGCAUGCAUCUUCUUCUUUUUUGCUAAAACUUGUCAGCAAAGUUGCAAAGUAUUAUUGUUGUGGAGGUUUGUGAACGUGAAAGCUUCAACAUGUUACGUGGAGAAUCCUCCUCAAAUUCUCCGAAUGCGUCUUCGCGAUUGACCUACCAUGUUUUCUUGAGUUUUAGAACGGAAGGCACCCAUUUAGAUUUUGCUAACACCUUAUGUACUUCGUUGCAGCGAAAUGGAAUCUCAACUUUCAGAUAUGAUAAACAAAAGGAAAGAGGAUAUGUGAUUUUGGAAAAACUUCAUAAAGUAAUUGAGCAGUGCCUCGUUGUCAUUGUUCUUCUCUCCGAGAACUAUGCUUCUUCCACUUGGUGUUUGGAUGAACUCCACAAGAUUCUUAAAUCGAAGAGGGUGCUGGGGACACCAGUUUUUCCUCUCUUUUAUGAUGUCGUUCCUUCCGAUGUUCGACACCAGAAAAAUAAAUUCGCUGAGGCUUUCGAAGAACAUGCAACAAGACCUGAAGAAGACAAAGUGAAGGUACAAAAAUGGAGAGAAUCCUUGCAUGAAGUUGCUGGUUUUUCUGGCUGGGAGUCUAAGAAUUGGAAAAAAGAAGAGCUCAUUGAAGAAAUUAUUGAGUCGGUAUGGACAAAACUACGUCCUAAACUGCCAUCAUACGAUGAUGGACUGGUUGGAAUUGAUUCAAGAGUUGAGAAAAUGAAUUCACUUUUGAAACUAGAAUUGAAAGACAAAGUUUGCUUCAUUGGAAUAUGGGGCAUGGGUGGCAUCGGAAAGACGACUCUAGCGAGAGUUGUAUUUAAGAAAAUACGUAACAAAUUUGAUAUUAGUUGCUUCCUUGAAAACGUAAGGGAGAUUUCUCAGAAUAGUGAUGGCAUGCUUAGCUUACAAGGAAAACUUCUUUCUCACAUGAAAAUGAAAGACUUGAAAAUACAAAAUUUGGACGAAGGAAAAAGCAUCAUAGGAGGUAUCUUAUUCAACAACAAAGUUCUCCUGGUCCUUGAUGAUGUUAAUGACAUAAGACAACUAGAGAAUUUGAGUGUGAAUGAUCAAAAGUGGUUAGGCCCUGGAAGCAGGAUUAUAAUAAUUACAAGAGACAUGGAAGUACUAAGAUCACAUGGAACAGUUGAAAGUUACAAAAUUGAUCUCUUAAAUUCUGAUGAAUCCCUUCAACUCUUCAGUCAGAAAGCAUUUAAAAGAGAUCAACCAUUAGAACAUCUAUUGCAGUUGUCAAAAGUGGCUGUCCAACAAGCUGGAGGCCUUCCUCUGGCCAUUGAGAUGAUGGGUUCAUCCUUCUGUGGGAGAAGUGAAUCUCAAUGGAAAGAAUUUUUGGAAGUGAAAGAAUACACAAAGAAAGAUGUUGUGAUGGACAAACUUAUAAUAAGCUAUGAUGGGUUACCGCCAAAUUAUAAGAUUUUAUUUCUUGAUAUUGCAUGUUUCUUCAAUGGGUGGGUAAAAGAGCAUGUGACACAAAUUCUAACUAUUUGUGGCCGUUAUCCAGCAAAUGGAAUUGACGUUCUAAUUGAUAAAUCGCUAGCAACUUAUGAUGGAUCACGUUUAUGGAUGCAUGAUUUGCUUCAAGAAAUGGGAAGGAAAAUUGUUGUUGAAGAAUGUCCUAUAGAUGCUGGCAAACGCAGUAGGUUGUGGUCACCCCAAGACACUGAUCAAGCACUGAAAAGAAAUAAGGAAAAUGAAUUGAUUCAGGGUAUAGUUUUGCAAUCGUCAACUCAACCAUACAAUGCAAAUUGGGAUCCCGAAGCCUUCUCAAAGAUGUACAAUCUUAAAUUCCUUGUAAUUAAUUAUCACAACAUACAAGUUCCUCGUGGCAUCAAAUGUCUUUGCAGUUCAAUGAAAUUUCUUCAGUGGACGGGGUGUACUUUGAAAGCUUUGCCACUUGGUGUGAAGCUAGAGGAACUUGUAGAGUUGAAAAUGCGUUACAGCAAAAUAAAAAAAAUCUGGAGUGGAUCUCAACAUUUCGCAAAGUUGAAGUUCAUUGAUCUGAGCCAUUCCGAAGAUUUAAUAGAAAGUCCUAUAGUUUCUGGAGUUCCAUGUCUGGAAAUUUUGCUUCUUGAAGGUUGUAUAAACCUUGUUGAGGUUCACCAGUCUGUUGGACAGCACAAGAAACUUGUUCUAUUGAACUUGAAAGGCUGCAUAAAUCUUCAAACCCUUCCAACAAAAUUUGAAAUGGAUUCUUUGGAGGAAUUGAUUCUUUCUGGCUGCUCAAAAGUUAAAAAGCUCCCCAACUUUGGAAAAAAUAUGCAACAUUUAUCACUGGUUAAUUUGGAGAAAUGCAAAAAUCUUCUUUGGCUACCAAAGUCUAUUUGGAAUCUGAAAUCUCUUAGGAAGCUCAGUAUUUGUGGUUGCUCAAAAUUUUCUACCUUGCCCAACAGCAUGAAUGAAAAUGGGUCUUUGGAGGAACUUGAUGUGAGUGGGACUCCCAUAAGAGAAAUUACUUCUUCCAAAGUUUGUUUAGAAAAUCUUAAAGAGCUCUCUUUUGGUGGAAGGAACGAACUAGCAUCCAACUCAUUAUGGAACUUACAUCAAAGGAUUUCAAUGCAUAGGAGGCAACAAGUCCCGAAGGAGUUGAUCUUGCCUACUCUCUCCCGCUUAACAAGCUUGAAGUUCUUGAAUUUAAGUUAUUGUGACCUUAAUGAUGAAUCAAUUCCAGAUAGUCUUGGAUCCUUAUUAUCUUUGUUGGGCUUAAAUCUAAGUGGGAACAAUUUUGUUAGUCCACCUACUCGUUGCAUUAGUAAUCUUCAUACCCUGCAGAGUUUGACCUUAAUUGAUUGCCCAAGGCUUGAGUCUUUGCCUAUGCUUCCACCAAGUGCUCAAUGCUUGGGUACAACUAAUAGUACUCAAAUGAAACCCUUGAAUUCAGAUGCAUAUAUGCUGUGGAAGAUUUAUGAGUUACAUAUGAAUCAGACAUACUUUUUAUAUACUCAUUCUCUCCCUACUCUGCCCCUUACCCACCCAAAUUAUUUCCAUAAAGUGUGUGCUUACCAAAUGGAAGAUAGACCACAUUUUUUGUUCAUCAUUCCAGGGAGAGAGAUUCAGAAAUGGAAUGAAGUGUUCUUUCUAAUUGAUCCAUCACAUCAUCCAUAUAACAGGCUGGGUUCUGAUUCAGUUGCAUCAAUAAUAGUGGAUGUACCUAACUAUCUUGUGUCUAGUGGAUGGUUAGGAAUUGCAAUAUGCCUAGCAUUGGAACCUCCAAAUAUGCAGCACUCUUCUCCAUCACAUGUGAGUCCACAUCCUGUGGGAAAUGAGGAUACGUGCAUUUAUUAUUGGGCAUGUAAAGUUCCUCAGGGUGAACCUGACUUGACUUUCCCCAUAGGACCUAAAUUUAGCCACUUUGUUUAUGAAUGCAACGAAGAGAAAUGCCAACUUCAAUUGAUAUUUUAUGUGGAGAAUCAUUCUAAGCCAUGGAAGCCAAGAAUAAGGAAGUGUGCUAGCGUUAUGAGAUUUUGCCAAGAAUAAGGAAGUGUGAUACCAAUUCCCCUUUUAAUUACUAUUUAAAAUAUAUAACAUUCUGAUCAAUAGAUUAAAAUUUUCAGUUAAUAACUUCCUUGUAUCACCACUGUUUACCAAUUCCCAUUUUAGUAUAUAAAAUAUAGCACAUGAUAUAUAAACACCACCACUUUAUACCCAAUCACCUCUUUGAUCGGUCAGUGCAUACAAUAAAAUUUAGUAUGGUUUAUUCCCGUACAAUUAAUUUAGUAUAAUUAUGUCUCCUUUUGCUAGUAACGUCAUCCCUCCUCUUCUACGUUUAUUGAUGCUUUCAUCAGCAUAUACAAGUCAUAGGCAUGAUAAACUUAAGAAAUCAUAAUAAUGCAAUAAACAAGAUCACAAGAAAGUGAGUGGCACUGCAAUAAGAGAAAUUACUUUAUCUUAAGUUCGUUUAGAAAAACUUAAAGAGCUCUCCUUUGGUGGAAGGAAAGAACUAGCACCCAACUCACAAAACUUGCUUUCUAUGGAUCUCAAUGUUUAUGAGGCAACCAGAUCUUAAGAGUCAAUCAUGCCUCCUCUUUCCAGCUUACCUGCCUUGGUGUCCUUGGAUUUACCGUGAUCUUAACGAUGAAUCAUUUCCUAGUGAUCUUGGUUCUUUAUCAUUGUUGCAGGAUUUAGAUCUAAGUGGUAACAAUUUUGUUAACCCACCAGCCCAGUGCAUUAUUAAUCUUUCUAUGUUGCAGAAUUUGUCCUUCAAUGAUUGCCCAAGACUUAAAUCCUUGCCAAUGCUUCCACCAAAUUUACAAGGCUUGUAUGCAAAUAAUUGUCCUAAAUUGAAACCCUUUAAUUUGGAUGAAGAUAGAAAUGCUAUGGAAGAUAUUUGAGACAUAAUCACGUAUGGAUCUGGUAUGUUUGUUGUACACCCCAUCCUCCUUCCAUCUCUCUCCAAUGUUUCUGUUUUAUGAUUAUGGUUAAACUAUUUAUUUUGUCCCUAUAGUUAUGUCAUUAUUUUUAGUUCCUAUACAAGAAAAUUGUAAGUUUUAAUUCUUGAACAAUUGUUGUAAUAGUUUAUCAUUGCUAGAAAAAAAUUAUAUAAGCAG